AUGAAAUUUGAUUUAAUAACAUGUGCAAAUUUAUAUUUAUAUCAGGAUAUCAGUCUUGAGGAUAAAUUAAAUAUAGAAACAGAAUUGCAACUUCUAAAAACAGAACAACCUCAAUCAGAUAAUAUGAAACUCUUUGAAGAGAUUGAACAUGUUUUAAACAUGGAAAAUUCUGAAAUAGUGAAUAAUCAAUUUGAAAUAGUAGUUCCUGUUGCUAAUAAAUAUUUCUUAACCUCUUCUAACGAAAAUCAAUCUGCAAAUACAUCAAGUGGUUUACCUAAUAAUUUAACUGGUAUAUGUGAAGUUAAAGAUCAAAUAGAAUCUAUUAGGUAUGUAAUUAUGGAUAUUGUAUGGUUUAAUGAUAUAAAAUAUUUGUAUGUUCUAUACAGUCUGUAUGACAAAAAUGAAAAUCUUGAAAAGUAUUUAAUUCAAAUGAUUAACAAAAUUUUAAUAAAUAAAAGAAAAAAUCAGGCAGAUUUAAAACAUAUUAAUAGUUUCCAUUCUUUUUUACGAUUAAAAAAUUUUGAAUUUUGUAAAAUGUUUAAAGAAAUAAUAAAGAAAGAUAUUGAAUAUUUAAAUUCAAACAUCUUCAAUUUUACUGACAUAAUUUUAAUACAGAUAUUAGAUUACAUUUUUAAAUAUCCUGAAGAAGGAAUUAUUGAAUAUGUCAUAUACAUUGAUUUUGUUAUAUUUUUAAACAGAUAUUUGAAAUUUAUUGAAGUUGUUUUAAGGACAAAAAAAUUCAUUUCCUUGUUUUAUGAGAGAAAGUUUGAUAAAAACAUAGUUAUUGAUUCAAAAUCUAAUAUUCUGUCAAUGUUAAAUCUUUUUUAUAAAGAAAUUACAAAUGAAAAUAUAACAAUAGAAUCAUUAACAUUUAAACAGCUUCACAUAAUUAUUCAGAAAGAAUUGAUAGAAGAAAUCAAUUUAGAUUUUUUAUCACUAAAAGAUGAAAAAGUAGGAAAAUUAAAUGUUAUGAUAGAUUAUUUCAUUAAACAUGGUGAUAUAUGGUUAUUUUUAAACAUUAAGUUUGGAUAUCGAGUUUUAUUGAGAUUGUUUUUUGAAAUAUGUUUUUACAAAAUUUUUUAUCAUCGAAAAAAAAUUUUACAAUCAUAUUUUAAUUUAAGAAUUGAAGUAUUAAGGAAAAUAAUGAAUAAUUAUAUAAGUUUAAUUGAAUAA